AUCUCUCCUCUACAAAGUUCACCACCCUUCCCUUACUAUUCUAUCACCUUCUUCUCUUCAUCUUCAUUCCUCUUCUUCUUCUUCUUCUUCUUCUUCUUCUCUUACUUUCUCUCAUGGACUUUGUCACCCCAUCAGAGCAUCUUUGCUACGUUCGUUGCACUUACUGCAACACUGUUCUUGCGGUUGGAGUUCCAUUCAAGAGACUGAUGGACACUGUAACUGUGAAAUGUGGUCAUUGUAACCAUCUCUCUUUCCUCAGUCCUAGACCUUUGGUGCAACCUCUUUGCUCUGAUUAUCAGAUGAGUUUUCAAAGCCCUUGCAGUGAUUGCAUGAAAGGUCAGCCUUUGACUCACCAUUCUUCAACAUCUAGUGAGCCAUUGUCCCCAAAACCAGCUUUUGUUGUGAAACCUCCUGAGAAGAAACAUCGGCUUCCUUCCGCUUAUAAUCGGUUCAUGAAGGAGGAAAUACAAAGAAUCAAAGCAGCAAAACCAGACAUUCCUCACAGAGAGGCCUUCAGUAUGGCUGCAAAGAAUUGGGCAAAGUGUGAUCCUCGCAAUUCAAGUGCAUCAAAUGCUGAUAAAGAUCGCCCUGCCAGAAACAUUGCUCAUCAAAAUGAAAGAGGUAGUGGAUUUAGCAUGGAAAAUUUCAAUGCUUUGAAGCAACUUGAGCACAAGAACUAGAGCAUUAUUCAAGUCUCAUGAAUUUGAAUCCCUAUCUCUUCUAAUUAAUCAAUGCUUUGACCAAUGUUAUUUGUUUAAUUAUGCAUAGUUCUAGUUUAAUUUCCUUGUGGUUGUACUAGUGUUGCUAUGAUUAAA